GGAUGUACGCGUAGCGCACCGGACAGUGACACAGCAGGAGGCGGAGGGGGGCAACGAGCCAGACCGGAUCCUUCAUGAGGGAAGAGGCCAGGGACAGCCAGCCAACCCCGGCUUCUCUUCUCUUCACUAAUAUUAUACUGUAUUGCAGGUCGGGGAGCCCUAGCAGGGGGCUGCUUUAGUGUUCAUAGGAUGUCCCGGCAUGAAGGUAAGAACACACUCCAACACCGAGGCGCGAGCCACUCAGUUUGAGCGUUAAAACCGUUGACAGAGAUCUGCUAGCUAACGUUAGCUUACAGAGAAUUUCUUGUUUUGCAGCCCACCCCGCUAACUAGUAGCAGCAAGGUUGCAGUGUUACAUUAUGGCGGCCACAAAACAGUCUGUCUCAUCUAGCGGACCUUUCCCUUGGCAUGUCUGACUCAGAAAAUGUUCAACAGCCCAUAAUAACAACAACACUGACACAAACCGAGAGAGCUAGCUGAGCGUGCUAGCUAGCCUGCGGGCUAACUGCUGAGAGAGAGGGUUUUGUAGGUUAACGUUGACGAGCCGGGCUGAGGGGGGAGUGCCGAGGAUAGGAAACACAAGCGAGCAGCGGGUCCCAGAUGGCGUUGCGGGCUCAAGGCUUGUCAUUUCGUGAUUUUUUUGGCUAGUUUCACCCUCCCUCUUGGCAGAAGUUGGCCUGCAGAUUGUAGUUUGACUAGCUAACAUCCAGCAGACGUGCACUCACCUCGUCCUUGUGACCAACCUUGUUGAGCUGAGAAGUUGGUUGUUAGUGUCAAAUAGGUGUCGGGAAACACUCUCAGCUCUCCACACGGGGAAAAGUGAAGUUAGACAAAGUGUAACACAACUGUUUAGCUUGUCAGCUAACGGUGAGGCUGAUUGACUCUGUAAACGGCUCCAAGCAGCGAAGGUGAGUCAGGCCUGAGCUGAGCGGCCUUUAUUUUCCCUGCAUGUGUUUGUUGUUGUCAACUUUGCUGUCAGUAUAGCCAUGGCGGUAUUUAUGUUGGAGCUGUAACACAUAGUUGUUGUCGUUGUUGGUGUCAUGAACGUGUCAUGAACAGCUAGUCGUCAGCCGCUGCACAGCAGGAUCAGGUUGGCACUGAGCUUUUACGGCUUACUAGCUAUGAAUGGGGAUAAGAGGAAGUUUAGACAGCCCGGAGUCAUACAAUACACCGAGACAGCACGACUGUCCUAGUCAAUCAAGACAUGCCUUGACUUGGGGUCCCAUGUGUCCCCGGAGAUAUAUAGCCAUGGUGUUAUGAACACCUGGGCGCUGUAAUGGGACUCAAUACAGCAGAGCUACGAAAAAACUCAUUUCAGGAAGCUUCUAGAGUUCAAUUUAUUGAUUUCACCAUCAAAAAAGUGGUUAAUAUUAUUGAAGACGUUUAUCACAAAGUGUUAUAUUUUGUCCACGUAAAGGGAUAUGCCGGCGUAAAAUUAAUUUAGGGUCAAACACACCGUAACACCGAGUUAGACAACCCCUCGAGAGAUGAAUUUUGCCAACUGCUUGCUUCUUUAGUUAUACCACCUAUAGUAACAACCGCACGAUAGCAAUACACAGCGGUCUGAGGAGCAACACACAAACCUCAACCAAAAAGCCACUCUAUAGCCACAAAUAAUGCUCAGAACAGCACCUAACUUCAUCAACAGUAUAUAUAGGGUCCCAGCCACAGCACUAGCCACCAAACAUCUUUGCCUAAUUUCUUUAGCAAAGAGACUAAACACAACUCACCUACUCUCUUCCAGCAGCCGCUUGUUUGUAGCGAGACCUCGGGCCAGUUCAUUACGGACUACAGCAGGGUGCGCAGCUCAAGGAAGAACAUUUAUUAUCAUUACUUCAUGGAAAUGCAAUCAGACCAAGACGCUAAGGCAGAAGAACUACUGCGUCUGCGGUGCAAAUUGAUUAUUAUGAUGAUUAUUACUUCAAGGAAAUGAUAAAGAAAUGAUCACAAAUGUUCUUCCUUGAGCAGCGCACCCUGCUGUAGUCCGUAAUGAACUGGCCCGAGGUCUUGCUAUAAACUAGCAGCUGUUGGAAGAGAGUAGGUGAGUUGUGUUUAGUCUCUUUGAUAAAGAAAUCAGGCAAAGUUAAAAAGAUGUUUGGUGGCUAGCAAGCGGUCGGCAUUCAUUCAUCUCUCGAGGGGUGUCUAACUUGGUGUUGUGGCGUGUUUGACCCUAAAUUUAUUUUACGCCAGAGUAUCCCUUUAAUUUAAAACCGUGAGUAAAGCCAUAACAACAGAAACACCUUCAAUAAUUUGCACUUCAGUACACCACCAACACCCACUCCAACACCCACUCCAACUUCAUCAAUUAACCUAAAGCACAAUCAUCACCUGUCUGACCACGUCAACAAAAACCGAAGCUUCAUGAAAGUGGAAUUAGUGGUAGAGCUGUUGUAUUGAGUUGCGUCAGAUCCCCUGGGUGGUCAUAAUGUUGCGGCUGGUCUGUGUUGUGUGUGUUGUGGUUGACUAAAUGCAGUGAUGAGGAAGGUUUCAUGAAAUAGUCUCUCUCAGUCAGAAGACUGACAUGUAACGGAAGAUAUACUGCAUUAUCGCUGCUAUGAAUACACACUGUGACUCAUUUCUCCUUAAUGUCCCAAACAGAUCUGUUGUUUGAUAACAUGCAUAGAAAAUUAAAGUUACAUAUUGUGGGUCAUUUUUGUGUUUAUUGGAUAGGACAGCUGUAGAGAAGCUGGAUUCAAAUCACACACAUCAGCACCUGAUGCAGUGAGGACUAUAGCCACUGUUUGAAGAGCGUUUAUACUGCUAGGCCAUCAGUCCCCCUGUGUUGCAAAUUGGACUGCACAUCAUCUUCUUAUUGAGUCAUUAAUCUUUUUGCCGUUUGACCAAUAUAAUAAUAAAAAAUGUAAUUAGUGUUUUCUUUCUCAUAAUGCAAUCUCAAAUACCUUUUUUUGCCUUGAACCAAAAGAUAUUCAGUUGUCUGUCAUGGAGGAGUAAAGAAACUAUUAAAAACUCUUUUUAUUGAAUGAGUUUCAAUGUUGCAGCAGUUCAUAACACCAUCUCCUUUUAUUACAGAAGCAAAUAUGCAAACUUAUGGGUAUAUUUAAAGUGUGCUGCAGAGCACAGCUUAACAGAAACACUUGGAAAAUACUUCUACCCCUGUAGUAUCACAAAGCUCAGUUGUAGAAACAUCUGUAUUAGCCACAUAAUUAACCCAACAUAAUUGUAUAUGGGUGAAUUAUUGCAGCCGUUUCUUAGUCUGUCAUGUUACAUUUCGGUGUUGUACAUGUUGACCUCUUGCAGAAACCUCUAGAGCGGUGGCUCUGAAGUCUAGUCCUCGAGGCCCACUGUCCUUCAACACACCUGAUUCAAAUGAUCAGCUCGUUAUUAAGCCAUUACAGAGCUUGAUAACGAGCUGAUCAUUUGAAUCAGGUGUGUUGGAGCAGGGAAACAUCCAAAACAUGCAGAACAGUGGGCCUCGAGGGCUGGACUUGAGUACCACUGCUCUAGAGAAAUGUCAUUCAGUAGCGAUCUAUUGAAUGACAUUUUCCAACGCUAUAACAUGAAUCCACAAGCUUGAAAGAGAGAAAUGUUGGGCAUAAUAUGCAUUGAUCAGUCCCUCUGUAAGAUAAUUUAACAGUCCUCGUAAUCUUCUUUAUUUUAUCCAGAGAAGGUUUUUUGUAUUUACACAUGUCCUCUCCUGUCUGUCCUUUUCCCUCAGGCGUCAGCUGUGAUGCAUGUUUAAAGGGCAACUUCAGAGGUCGACGGUACAAAUGUUUAAUUUGCUACGACUACGAUCUGUGCGCAUCAUGCUAUGAGAGCGGCGCUACCACAACGAGACACACGACAGAGCAUCCCAUGCAGUGUAUAUUAACUCGAGUUGACUUUGGUAAGUGGGAUUUCUUUUCAUAUUAAGUUCAUGAUGAGCAGAUGAAUACAGGUGCAGUGAUUUUUCCACAAACAUUUAUUUCAAGUAUCAAGACAUUCUGUAGAAGAUUUUUUUUGGCGGUUUUACAAAAAAGGUUAAUUUCUCUGUGUUUUAUUCACAUAUUUGUAAAAUCUGAGUUUUUAUUAGUACCACACACAGCAGAAUUUUUACCAAAACAUGUCUCAGCUGCUCUGUAAAUUGCAGUUUGAUCACAGGACACAUAAUUCCCCAGAUGUUCAGGUGGAUAGUGAAGAAGCAGGAUGUAGAAAUCCUGGACUGGCAGAUUACAGUUUGUAUACUCUGUAAUCUUAAUGUGCAACCCAAUUCAGGGUAACAGCACUGGAGAUGGCUUAAGCUAAAGACUCACAUGAGUAACAAUAGUGCUGUUUGUCAUGAUAAGUAAAAUAGAUGUAAAGUCUGAUGGAUAUUUUUGGCUUUGAUAGAAAAAGUAAAAGUUUGUUCAUACAGUCAGGUGAAAAGUAGGAGCCAAAACAGAAGUGUGCUCUUUUCUUUCUUUGUGUAGUAAAUAACAAAUGACUGAGCUCUUGUUUGUGUGUCAGCCGCAGCAGCAUCAAACUGAUAAACUGAUUCUUUUGAUUCAUUUGUUAAACAUCAUUUUACUUCAAGAAAACUGAGAAUCAACAAUAAAGCAUCAAAAACAAAGAGACUGAAGAUCAUUUUACACUGAGAAUUUUCAGAUUUGUGAUUUAGUUGUUUGUGUAACAAGCUGCACGGACGCUGCUCAAACAGAGCAAAGAUUUGGCAGGCCAUAAAUGAGACAUCUCUAAUGUGGGCUGACUAUGGGACCCUCCCAGUGGUUUUAAUAGGCUGGCAUGAAUAAAACAGUUGCAGUGUACAUUAUCUUUUGCUGGCACCAGACAGGAAGCUGCUGGUAAAUGGCUGUGAUUGAUUUGAGCCAGGCAGCCUGAAGAGGUUGUGGGAAUCUGUCAUGGGGUUUGUGGGUUUGAUUUAUCUCUCCAUAAAUAAAACAUUUUGUUGUGGCAGCAAUAACGACGGAGAGAUUCAAAUCCUAAUUAGACUAGUAAUAAUUCAAUCACCAAUCAUAAUUAGUAGACUCGGCACUCCUGCACAUUCAGUGUUAUCUCAAAUGUAAUUAGAUAAUGGUUUGGACUGCCUGGACCAUAUUUUCUACUCACGUUCCAUGAGUUAGUGCUCUGAAAUGUGUUGGGAAAAAUGCUAUUUACAAUCUGUUGAACACAAACACAAAGUGUUGUUGUCUACAUGACAGGAGGUGCGAGCUCACAGAGAUCGUUUCUUUUUUGUGGGUUUUGUUUGUACUUUAGAUGCACUGGAUCUAGACCAGGCACACCAAAUUAUUUACACAAUUCUCUGUGGUUUAACAGCAGAAUAAAUGGGUAAUGGGUAUUAAUGGGUAAACUGCAAUUACUGUCAUUGUUCUGACCGGCUGUUGCACUGUAGGAUGAACUGACUGCAGAAAGUAUUUUUCAGGUUGUUUUGUGUUAGCAGGGAUGGCUUAUCUUCAACUAUGUAUCUUUUAAUGUAUUUUGUAAUGUGCUCAAAAUGUUGAUAACGAAGUGUCUCUUAUUGCUGUAAUAUGUCCAAAUCAAACAUGUCAUAUGGGUGACUGUUUGCAGUUAAAUCCCUGUAAAAUACGGUACAUAAGUAUCCACACUGGACGAGGCAUGUGCCGAUAUGAAAAAUUUGAUAUCAUGAUAUUGGUGGCCCAAAAUAUCACGAUUCACGAUAUUAUCACAAUAUUAGCGUAUUGCUUUUAACGUUAUCAAAAAUGGCAAAAAAACUGCGAAAUCACCUCUCUGUGCACAGCAUGACACGCACAAACGAUAUGAGCAAGAGGCAGCUAACGCGACGUUGGAAGCAUUAGCCUUUUGGAGCUAAAGUUAGCAGAAACGUCACUAACGUUGUCAAUAAUAAGCAGCAGAGUAGACCAAACUUGUUGCAGUCAUGUUGUUUUUACCUUGAUUUGGGCGAACGAUGCUGGAUGGUGUUCACGGAGGUGGGCACUUAGAUUUGAAGUGUUAGACAACGGCGCUGCAACUUCCCUCCGAUUGGUCUUAGGUUUACCUGCGUUGUUUGUUUUGUGAAGCAGUAAAUCGUCCAUAGUGCCGAUGAAACCUUUUAAAUAGAAGAUUACAGCCGAGGCGUUUCCUCAUUCUCAGUCUCUGACUGUUCUUGGUCCGACUGCAUCAUACGUUGGUCCGAAGUUGGAACAUGUGCGUCAACUUUUUUUUUCUUCUUCAAACUGUUUCCGGUUCACAGAGUGGACACGCUCCAACAGUACUUUGGGUGGCCACGCAUUUAGUUGUAAAAUUUCUUCAUUUUCUCUUUUAAUGUUCCUGUUUUUAUUAGGCUGGCAUUAAUGUACUUAAUUCAAGAGUUUGUUUUGGAUUUGGGACUACUUUUGUGGUUGUUUGUUUGUACAUUUUGCUACCGAGGCUUUGACACUGUGGGUAAGACUCCAAGCGGGUUAGGUUGGUAAGUACUCUGCUUCGCUCGUCUCCGCUGAGUGACGCUGCCACUCGUCUUCAAAUUAUAAUUGUGGAACGACUAUCACAGUACCUUACAAUUUCAUCAUUGCGGCCAUCUAAUAUCGCGAUUAAAUCGUAUAUCGGCACAUCCCUACUCUGGACUUGAUCAUUAAUUCAGAGGUUAUUUCCUUGUUGGAUAUUGUGACAGGUGUGAUUUAGUCCCUUUCAAAACACCUUAAGCCCUGCACCUGAAAUAGACUUGUAGAUAAACCAAACACUGACUUUGAAUUCUCUGUCCAUCCUGCCUCCCUGCAGACCUGUACUACGGUGGAGAGGCAUUCUCAGUCGAGCAGCCCCAGGCCUUCACAUGUCCCUACUGUGGCAGGAUGGGCUACACAGAGAUCUCCCUGCAGGAGCACGUGGCUGCAGAGCACACAGAGACCUCAGUAGAAGUGGUAAGUUGGUGCUGAAGCUUCACACUCGGCCAUCUAUUAGACCCUGACAAGAUGUUUGCUCGGAUGGAAAUACCUGGAAAGAUCCACAUACGUGUUGAUUUUUCCUCACAUGGCUCUGAGUUUAUUUCUCAUGAAGUCAAUUGAGUCAGUGUCCAACAAGUCCUUUGCAUUAGAAAACCCUGUUGGUUUCAUCAUACUGUGGUGCAUUUACAUCUGUACAUUAUGACAGCUGACGCCUAGUUUUGAUGUAAAUAUUGGAAAAAUAACAUGUUUACAUUUUGAAAUAUGGUUGUUGCUGGUUUUGAUAUUUCAAUUUCCGGAGCUAAGGCAGACAGUAAGGGUUUGGUACGAUAACUUCUCUAAAUGGGUGUUAUUAGAAAUCCUAUGGUUGGACUGAGGACCGACUUACUCUAAAUCACUCAGAAAUGUGUUUAUUUUUGUCAGGGAGUCGGGGUUCAUCCUGGAGAGGUUGGUGGUCCAUCACAAGACUGACAUUUAGGAACCAAAAAAAGUCACAUUCGCUCUCACGCCCAGUGGCAUUUUAGAGUCACCAAUUAACCCAACAAGUAUGUCUUCUGCCUGUGGGAGAAUCCAUAAUACCUGGAGGGAAUUCACUUAUGCAUGUAAACCCCAGAUGUAAUGACCCCCGGGUAGACAGGCAGUAAAAGCAAAGGCUGGAAAAAAUAUGAUGCGAUCUACCUAAAUAAAUUCUAAAGCUAGUUUGGUGUGGAUUUUUUCCCUUUUUUUAAACAGUAACCUCAAAAUCUCGAUGCUUUUCAGUUUCCAUGUCAAACGUUGGUUUAUAGGUGUCAUCUAUCACAUCACUGUCAUAGUGGGUGAUCCCUGUGUUUCCUUUAAAAACAAUUAACCCACCAAACUCUCAAAACAAAUAUCAAACCAUGCCUCUAACUUCACUUUAUAUCUGUUCGACUUUUUAAAUAGUCAACACAGACGCGGUGCUCCUGAUGCUGCUUCUCUUUUUGUUUAAAUUCAGCAUUUACACAACAGAUAAUCAGCUAUCUGUGUUUAUUCAGGAGGACCCAGCACCAUCCGCUAAAUGUUGAAUGCGCAGUGAAGUGUGUCUUUAAUAACACGUACACUCUCUCUUCUUGUCUCCUAGAUCUGCCCCAUAUGCGCAGCGCUGCCAGGUGGCGACCCGAAUCAUGUGACGGACGAUUUUGCUGCUCAUCUCACACUUGAACACAGAGCACCUAGAGACUUGAUAUCUUUUUACCGCAUUACCCCAAAACACGACCGAAACUGUUCAUAUUUGCCGUGUGCUGAGAAGUGAUGCCGUUUGUGUUAUCCAGAUUGUUUUGUGGUCUUAGAGACGAACACACCAGGGAAGCGUCUCUUGACUGAAUCUGACAUUUGAUGACAUUUGGUUAAUAACGUUUGAGCCUCCUAGGGCAGCUUAAAUCACUAUGGUGGGUCAGCAUCAAUGAGGUGAAUGGUCAGAAUAUUUGCACUUAAGAUUUUAUGGCUCUAACUACAUUAUGUGUCUGAUGUCACUGUGACGAGCUGAUGUCAGCAGAAAUCCCUGAGGUUGUCAGGCUGUUUGUAGCCAGUGUGGAACAUAGGAAGAGAGACUGUAGAGGCUACGUUUAUCCCUCCUUUAAGAGCAGCUCUGCGAAAACAAAGUCCUGAGAGGUGGUGGGAAAUGAACUAAGACGAUUAAUUGAGUUUUGUUAUGAAGUUCAACACCAAGAUGAAAUAUUGACUCGAGACAACACCUGUGUUACAGUUUAUACAAGAUUCUUUGAUCGUCUUUAGGCUCAUUUUGGACUUUUGCUGCCUUUUUUAGUCUGUAAGAGAAAUGAUAGAGUAAGAAACUGGGGAGAGAGAGAGAGAGGGAGGAUGAGAUGAUGUUGCAAAGGGCUGCGGGUCGGAUUUGAGUCCAGUCAGCCUAUUUUAAGGACAGUUUUCUCUUUACUGGGGAUGUGCGAUUUAACUGCUGGGCCAAACUGCUGCCCCCACUUAAAUUUUUUUAAUUAGACUCUUUGCUAAUUUCUCUCUGGUCCACUUCUGCCUUAUUAAUUCUGGUUCAACUUUGACUCUUAUUGCCUCAUAAGUAAAAACCGUCUCUUUAUUACUCAGACUUUUCAGAGGAGAUGCUGACACUUCACAAAGAGUGGUAUUUUGCAGAUAUUUUCAACCUCAUGGAUGUUUCAGUUUUGCUGUUUUGAAGAGAUUUUAGUCAGGUUCAAUACAGACAUUGAUCAGUCACACUCAGCGGGCAUCACAGUCAGUUAUUGAGAACAGAUUGGUGCGAGAUAGAAACAAAUACCCACAUUUGAAGACUGAAAAACAGUGCCUUCACUGAAAAUGCUCAGCCCUUGCGUCAUAACUGCGUUUCAUGUUCUUGUUUGCGCUUCUUACUGGCACGGUAUAAGCACUGCAGUGAUGUGACACAAAUUCUCUUCCAAGUGCAGAAGGUGGUAACAGUAGGGGUCGGAAAACAAGUCAUAUGCCAGGAGAAGUAAAGACUACAAACAACGUCAACAAGCAAAACAAAACAAAUAAGAGGAAAGGAGCCAAUUUAGUUUUUAUGAAACCAUCAAGGAAGCCGUCAACUCAAGCAGACGAUGAAAAACAAAAAAUGUUCUUGUUUGGUUUAUGAAUUUGUAGUCCUGUGAAACUCUUCUGAGUGAAGAAUAAUUUUUUAUAUUCAUCCUCAUAGUUCAUCUUCUUCAUUUCUUUGAAGUUUAUUAUACGGUCAUAUUUUAACUCACCUACAGAUAUGAGUGGGCACGGAAUGAAGAAUCCUAACAAACCUGUGAGAUAGUCAGCGUAAAUGUAUUCCGCUCAAAUUAUAUAAGGGCUUGAAACGACUGAGUCUGUUAGUGCACGUCAGGGACCACAUUUGCACUCUGGGAUGGACUUAAGAGGAGUCACGCCAGCAGACUAUUUUUAGAGAACUUUGGAUAAGUAGAGAAAAAAGAUGCAGAAUGUAGAUUUAAUGAAAGAAAGUGAUAUAAGUACAUGGAGAACUCUGUAAAGUGUCACUAUUGCUGUUAGUUUGGGGUUGCAUGCAGGGUUUACAGAGACAUGAAAGCAACGUGUGCGUAUAUGAAGAGACUGCAGCUGGGUGGUGAAGCACAAGCAUUCUGGGAAUGCACAGCGUCGUCAUGUCUUGAAGCAAACCCUGAACAGUUGGGUUUUAAGGUUAGAAGUGUAACAGCAAAUUGAAUUAGGGCCAUCAUGCGGUCGAUGUUUUCCUUAAUUGCAAGCUUCACGACGAGUCCAGUGGGGUGCGGCACGUGAGGAGGAUGUUUCACCCUGGGCGUGGGCUGGGAGGUCCAAGAGCCCGUAGGUCCAACAUGCACUUCACUAGCAGCACCACAGGGGGGCUCUCCACCAGUCAGAGCUCAUCACAGAGCUCCAACUACAGCAGAGAGGCGAUGGACCCCAUAGCAGGUCAGUCACACGACAAAUAGACAUUAACACACACAUGUUGACAUGAUGCUGUCAUGUCUGACGCAGAUAGAACAGGCUAAAGAAGCUAUGAAGCUGAAGGGUCUGAAACAUAUUCUUGAUUAUCCUCAGAGAGAAAACAAUUAUGAUUGUUAUGGUUGGAGUCAUUAUCACUCAGCUGUUGCUGCAGGAGGUCUGACACACAGAACCCCAGUGCUUAGUACUGAACCAGGCAUGUGGCACCUUUAUAAAUAGACCCAUUUAAUGAGCUGUCUUUUAUACAAAUUGUCCCACACACACACUCAAGCAUUUUGCCUGCAGUGGCAUCAUUAUCACACAGGUCUAGUCAGUGUUUUGCUUUGCACUGAAAGGUGGUCUUGAUGACACCGUUAAGUGCAGGCCGGGUUGUUGUUGCUGUGGCAAUUCCUUGUUUAUCCUGUCCCCAGUUUUGAUCUGGUUCAGCGCCUGGUAUUCACCAAGGCGACUCCAGCUGUGCUGUAAUGAGGACUUGUUCAGUCUGCCUCACUAUCAGACCACCAGCCUCCUCUCUAAUGACCUGCUAUACAAGCUGGGCUGUUGACCUGAGUGGUCAAGUUUUAGCCCUAAAACUUUGCUGAUGAGGCGCUUUGACUGUGAAGGCCACAUAGAGGUCCUACCAAAGUUUUCCAAUGUUAUUUUCUGAGGUGUGUUACAGUACGGUUUAUUUUCGCUAAUUUAAAAGGACUCACAGUGGAACAUGAGGGAGUGUCAAAAAAGCAAAAAUGAAAUCUGCAAGGGGGAAAUAAUUUUCCACAGCAAAUUUUUCAGCUGAUGAUCCAGGGCUCUGCAGUGCGACCGUUUCACUGGCAUUUGCGACUAAAAAUAGAUAUGCGCAAAAAAAGUAAAGCAAAAAAAGAUUUUGUGUAAAUACCGCGGUGAAGCUAGUUUUAGGUUGGAUAUUUGACGGACAUUCACUGUGGAUCUACCGGUGUCUUCUCACUCUCCGUAACCGGGAACGGCAAGAGCAGCGCAGUUAAAUCUACUCUGCACCCUCGCUGUCAAUGUCAGGUAUUGAAUAAGGGACCAUCAAUAAAUUACAGGUUGAUGUUCUCAAGAAAAGGCUGUUUUCCUUCAAUAGCUUCCACGUCACGUGACCAACUGACCUAAAAUUGAUUUCAAACAGUAGUACUAAGGUCGGACAAUAAGACGCACCUCUUUAUUCCCCUAAUUUGUGCUCUAAAACGUUUUGUUAAAUUUAAAGGCAAAUUUUAAACAUUUUCUUUAGUAGCUUCCGUGUCAUGGGACCAAAAGACCAUAAAUUGAUUUCAAAUGAUAGUACUUAUGGCGACCAAUAAGACGCACAUUAUUUGAUUAAUUUUCAUUGUGCCCCUAAAGUUCUUUGUGUUCUCCUUACUUCUUCAACUUAUGAGCACAUGUGCUCCUUGUGGAAAAAGGUUAGUGUCAAGCCCUGGGAUUGUUUCAAAGGCUGUCUCCGAAAUGGAUCCCUAAACCCUAUAAAGGUGACUACAUGGGGGUUAGCGCCAUUUUGAGGGGUGUCCGAAACCUCAGUGAUCAAUUCCAGUGCCCUAUAUAGGCAACUCAAAAUUUCCCAUAAAGCAUUGAUGGUCACUCACCGGUGUCAUGCAUUGCGUCAUGCCAUGUAGUGUCCGAAACCUCCGGUGAUUGAGUUCACCACAUAGUCAACUAUAUAGUGAAACCCCAUAUGGGGCUAAGGGAUUGAGUGAUUUAUUUUGGACACAGCCUUUAUCUUUCAUAUUCCUGUUGUUCAUACUCUUGUUAUAAACUGUAGUCCAACAUUGAACCCCUGUGUCUUCUCCACCCUCUGCCUCCAGAGCUUCUGUCCCAGUUGUCGGGGGUUCGGCGCUCGGCGGGCGGGCAGCUCAGCUCCGGUCCCUCGGCCUCUCAGCUCCAGCAGCUUCAAAUGCAACUCCAGCUGGAGCGCCAGCAGGCCCAGGCGGCGCGUCAGCAGUUAGAGACGGCCCGAAACGCCACCCGAGGCGGGGGCCGAGCCAAUGCAAUCCUAAAUACCAAUUCAGCUGCCACGAAUCCCAACCCCAGCGCCAACCAUAAUACCAAUCCCAGUCCUAACCCGGGUCCACCGGAGUCCACCACACAGCAUUCUGCACAUAGCUCCCAGUUUCUACUCAGCAGGUUGGUUCAAGAUUUUUUGAAUGAACUUCAGAUGUCUUUACUUUACGAAGUCUGUAGAUGGGGGCCUGGAUUUCAGUCUGGGAAGAGUUCUGGUUGUUGUAUGUUUGUUGUCUGAGCAGCUUUUACUCCCCAUGUAACAGCAGUCCAGUCUAGUCUAGUCCAGAAAGAGCUGGUGGAACAGAACCUGCAGCUAUGACAACCAGGCCCCCAUCAGCAGUAAUCGACCAUUCAUUGAUUGAUUUACUUAUCUCUCUACGCAGAUACCUGCACUUUUCAACUUGUGCCUGUUAUCUGCUUGAUGCUGUAUUCUAAGAACCAAUUAGUGUUCAGAUUUUCCGACUUCCUGGAAUGCAUUAGAAAUUAUUGAUCCAAGUUCCAUUCAAUGAACCAGCAUUUUAAAAGUUUUCACCUCCUCAUGAGGACAGUUUACUUUAACAAAUCAGCAUCAUCAUGUUAUUUGUGUCUUAAUGUUUGUAGAGGGGUUAUAAGGACUGAGUAUUCAGUUAGAGUGAAACUGAGACUCACUAGAAACCCUUCCUAGUGUGCUGGACCUUCUCAUUAUCUUACGUUCCUUCUCCCACAGGCUGAGCGAACCGCGGCUCUCUGAAGCUGAGCGGCAGGCGUGUGAAGCCCAGUGGGCCGACAGGAGUCUGUUCGUGACGGAGCUGCUGCUUUCCACGCUACUGCCCGACGAGGACGCCUCGGCCUCUUCCUCCGAGGACGAAGACGACUGUCACGGCCCGUUGCGGAAUUUCGCCGACUUCGAGGCCAUGGGCUGCGUGGAAGUCAUGACCUUAGACGUGGCGCUGGAGAACCUCAACCUCAAGGAGACGACCCCGACUACAAAGACAACGAAGACGACGACUAAAACGGCACCAGCGAAGAAAGAACCUCCAGCGCCACCCCUUUGAUGACAUGGCCACCCCUCUUCCCCUCAAACCACCAUUGAAACUGGCUGACCGCCGAGUCGGCCCGACUGCCAAUGGAUGACAAAAAAGACUGCAGUUCUUUUUGGCUUUGUUUUAUUAUUUUUUUUUCUCAGUGAUUGUCAUUUCAGCUCUGUCGCUCCCCACUCGACCCCCAUGUUUAUUGCGUUGUGUACAUUGAAUAAAAGUAGUGAGACGUGAGAAUGUGAAAGCAAGCAAGCGUGGUGGGUGCGUGAGAGAAAGAGAAAAAAAUAAUUAUAUAAAUAUAUUAUAGAAAAAUCUAUAUGAAAGUUGAUAAUCAAAUCACCAUAACCCGUGUUUCCUCUAGCAAGAGAGCGUAGUUAGCCGUUUUUUAAAGAGACGAACACGUCACACACUCACCCAGGGAGAGGAGGCAGACAGAAACCUCUCCGUUAAAAUCGCUGCUGUGUAUUUAUAGUUAUUAAUUAAAGAAGUGCUUGGAUGGUUUACCACAACUUAAGCAUGAGCUUAAAUCACCAUGUGCCCAUUUUUAACUGCACAGUCACUAGGCGGGGAGGUCUUUCUCUUUUGUUUGGACACUUGAGUAACUGUAAAUGAACGGUGCUGAGUGCCAGGUCGUUGGCAUUUCUGCACCACACACACUCAUUCACACAAACAGACUGAUGGCUGCGUUUGGUUACAUUCAUGUCCAGUCUCGACUCCCCCCUCCCCCUUGUGUGACAUCACCUGUUUUGGGUCAUGUGACCUUGCUUUAUAUCGACUGUGGGCACUUUGGUUUUGAAUUGCAUAUCCAGUGUCCAUUUGUGUACACUACAGAUGCUCGACAAAAAAGGCGUUACACAACUCGGAGGCAGACGGAGAUGCAACAGUCUCUUCAGUGUGACCGUUUCAGGCCUUUUCCAACACGGAAGAAACAACACAUACGGUUGUUUGUUUUGUUUUUGUUUCCCUCUCUUUCUCUCUCUCUCUCUAUCUCUCUCUCUCUUUUACUGAAGACCAGAUGCUUCUUUCUCAAGCUUCCCGUGAUCUGAAAAAUUAAUCUUCUCUCCAUUACUCAUGAAUGCAAAGAUUUACUCAUCAUGUGACUUGAAGGAGAGAAUCCUGUAUUGCUCUUUCCAUUGAUUUCUCUCAGUCGAAACGAUCUUUGUAUGCCUCCACUGCUACCUGAAGAAAUGCAAUGUAUGUUUUUUGGCUCAGCAAACAAGCCAAAUCACAGGGUAACCCUUUCAGUUUGGAGGACAAUAAAAUGUUUUGGAUGGAAAUGAACUAACCCAA